AAAUUUAACAACAAACAAACAACUUACUGCUACUGCUUACUAAUGGACGUGUCUGCCCUCUCGGAAGCAAAUUUUAGUCCCGCGGACUGGAUAAAUGCCAACUACAAGAAGUACAUAGAGGAGAAUGGUGGCACAGACGGCGAUGCGACGUCUUUUAUCCAAAGCUACGUGGCCAAGCUGCAGCUGUAUGUGCAGCAGGUGAACUACGCCGUGGAGGAAUCCAGCCGGCAGGUGGUAUCAAGCAUGCCGCGCAUAGCCAAGGAGUCCGCCACGUUGCACAGCGACGUGAGCCAGCUGCAGGAGAAGAUGAGUGCCAUGCGGCAGGAGGUGGCUGCCGUGCAGAGUGAGACGGGCGAAUGCAUGGCCACCCUGGAGCGGCUGAACACGCUGCAAACGAAGCUGCAGGCAGCCAAGGAGUCGCUACAGGAGUCGGAUGGCUGGGGCAACCUAUUGGCAGAGCUGGAAGACGGAUUCGAGCGUAACGAUUUGAAGGGUGCUUGCGAGAAGCUGAUAGCGCUGCAAAAGUCCCUGCUCGCCCAGGAACAACUGCCGGGCCAUGCGGAGCGUCUCACUCAGGUCGAGGACUUCAAGAACCGCCUGGAAGCGCUGGCCUCGCCCAGCGUUGUUCAGUGCUUUGCGGAAUCCAAUUUGGAGCAGGCCCAGCACUAUGUGCAGAUCUUCACGAGCAUUCAGCGUCUGCCGCAGUUGCAGCAAUACUAUCGGGCUGUCCAAAAGAAUCUCUGGCAGCAGCAGUGGAAGCAGACGCUGGAGCUGCAGGGCACAGAAACGCAGCCGCAGCAGCAGCAACAAUUUCUCACGCUCUACUACGAUCAGCUGCUCGAGCACUGCCAGCGACAGGUCAAGUGGUGCUCAAAUCUGUUCAGUGAAGAAUCGACGCAGCCCUUCCUGGUCAUCGCCGAGCUGUUGCCCGCCCUCCAGCCCACGCGGGAUGCCCACAUUCUGCAGCUGCUGAAGACAUCCAACGAGCGAUUGGAACUUCUGGGUCUGUUCUCGCAGGUGAACCACAGUUUUGUGCUGCAUUUGAACUCGCUGCUGGAGCAGUCGCACAUCACACUCUCCGAUGAGCUGCACCGGCAGCUGGGCGAGGCGGUGUUCGAAUACUUUCACAAGUUCAUACAGCAAUAUCCACGCUUGGAGGAGACGCAGCUGUCUACCCAGGUGGAUCGUCUGCUGUCGACUCAGGCGACGCCCAGCGAUGCGGUGCGUCAUCUGGAGGAGAGCACCCGCAAGCUAUACGAGUGGCUGAAAGAGGCCUGCGAACGCUGCUCUGCCAUUACCAGCGAUCUGGCUCUGUGCAAGCUGAUAACCCUGCUGAAUGGCAUCUUCAAGCGUCAGCUGGAGAACUUCUGCCGCAUCCAGCGGCAGCUUGGCCUCAGCCUCGGCUCCAGCAGCUACGCAGCGCAGAGUGAAAACUGGUCCCUGCUGCAGUACACGAUGUCCCAGUUGCAGUGCCUCGCGGACUUCCAAGUGCAGCUGCAUCAGUUCGAACAGGAAUUGCUCACGCGAAUGACCACGCUGGCGACCAAGCUGGCCAAGCAGUCCACUCGGGGAAACAUUACAAUAUUCCAGACCUGUGACCAUGCAGCACGCACCCAACUACUGAAUUGCAUUGCUGACUAUCAGCAGAAGAAGGCGGAGGCCACCGACAGUCUGGGCAUAUUUCCGCAGAUCUAUGCCGCUUUGAAGUUUCAAUUCACCGAAACUCACGACAUAACUCUGAACAUACUGCUGCAGCCCAUUGAGACGCACCUGGCGCACAUUCGUCCAGCGGCAGAGGCUCAUCCCUCGACGGGCAUCGACAUGCCAUCCUUCAGUUUUGCACCCCAGGAAAGUAUCACGCAGAUCGGACAAUAUCUGCUAACCCUUCCGCAGCAUCUAGAGCCAUUGUUGCUCGCUCCCUCGGCGCUUCUGAAGCAGGCCUUGGAGGUGUGCAACGUCAAGUACACACAGGCCAUACCCUGUGCCGAUGUCUUGCUCUCGCUGGUGGUGGAACAGUGCUGCAUUUUGUAUCAGGCGCAGAUACUGCAAAUCAAGUCGCUGCCAGCCGCGUCCGCCAAGCAGCUCAGUGUGGACAUUGAGUAUCUCUCGAAUGUGCUCGAGGAACUGGGACUGUCCAUAAACCUGCAAUUGUCACAGAUCCUCACCUUGCUGAAGGCCGCACCAGAUCAGUACUUGACCCUAAGCAGCGGCUGUGAGCCACGUCUGGUGACGGCCAUACGACAAAUGCGAAAUAUUAUAUCCACACAGUAGAUGGCCAGCUGAGCGCUGAAAUGUAUUUAUGUAUAUAAUUAAUAGUGUGACAACAAUUUAACGCAUUAACAAUUAAGAGUACUGCUAGUAUAAAUAUUUAAUCAAGUGUACAGCUUCUAGUAUUGCACGGCACUUCGCUUGGCAUGGCCAGAGUCGGUAAAUUGCUCAGCGGUUAAAUGAAUUACUUCAAAUACAUGCGGCGAGUGCAUUUGAAAUGGAAUACCACACACACCACCUACAGGACUCGCUGUAUUGUUAUUGUACUUCUAACAAUUUUCCUCCUAACCAUGGCACUGCGCUGGUCAAUGAAAUCUUUACCUGAGCACACAGUACACAAAAUGGAUGUGCCUGCAAUGCGUCAGAAAGUCAAAGCGAUGAUGCUGCAUGCCUGGAGCAACUACCAUCGAUACGCUUGGGGAUCGAAUGAACUUUGUCCCAUAACGAGGCGCGGCUGCCGUGGCAGCACGUUCAGCACCCACAGCUUUGGCGCCACUAUUAUCGAAGCUUUGGAUACCCUGCACAUAAUGGGCUUGAAGAAGGAGUAUCAGCAUGGUCGUGAUUGGAUCGAGGCACACUUUGCAUUGGACAAUGUAAGCGCUGCGCUUCCUGUCUUCGAGCUAACUUCACGGCUGCUGGGCUCCAUGCUAUCGUUAUACUCAUUAACCGGAGACAUUUUGUACAGGAACAAGGCGCUGCAGAUUGCCGACAAGAUUAUGCCAGCUUUCGAUACACCCACGGGGAUACCCAAGUCCAUAAUAAACCUUAGAUCAGGACACGCACAAUCAAGUAAUGACAUUUCAAAGUUUGGUGCACUGCACUUGGAGUUAUCGUAUCUGAGCGACAUCACUGGCAACCCAGUCUACAGAGAGCGAGUGCAGCGAAUCCGCAAGGUGUUGGGGAACAUGACAAAGCCGAAUGGAUUGUACCCAAAUCGGAUGAACAUAAAGACGGGCAAAUGGAUAGGCGGCGACUCUUCCAUAAAUAGAUUUCACGACUAUUUGCUCAAGUCGUGGCUGCAGUCGGGAAAUAUGGAUA